AUCCGAUUUUGUAGUUUAAGCUCCCCUCUAAACGAAACGAAGCAGCUGCAGCUGCUGACAUUUUUUUUUUACAGUUCAGACAGUGCUCAGUUUCCGAAGAAACCAGCAGAAUUUUGCGAAUAGCAUGUUUAAAAUGUAACAAUAGUAAAUGAAGGAUAAUAUAUCUGUCCAUGCUGCAUAUUGAUGGUUUCAUAACGUAAAUCUGUCAGCUGAAGAAAAAAGGGAGGCGUCACUGGAAGUAAAGCUGAUGGAGAGAGACAAAAAACUGAGCAGAGAGAUGAGUUUCUUUGCAGAUGAAGAGACCGCACUGCUUAAAUGUAUCAGUAUUCUCUAAGGAGAUAUUGUAAGGGCGAUGGAAAAGGUUUCAGUGGGUGUGACUGAGUCAGUCUGGAGCAUCAGAGAUCAGAGAUCCAGAAACACACAGGACUCCGGGAUCAGCCUCAGUUUACUUUGUUACACUGACACUCAAGAGAGUCAUGAAUCCACUGAUCAGAUCUCCACAGAGUCUUUAAGUUCAGACGGUAACACUGAAGAAGAGCAGACAGCACUUAAGACGUGCACAGUGAAUCUGGAGGACUGCAGGAACCUAGCGAAGAUGAAAAGAGAAACCGCAGCUGAUGAAGAACAGAGCGAUGAUGAUGAUGAUGUUUUUAUUCCAUCAGACUUAAAAGAGGAAAGUGAAGUGCUGAGUGAAGUGGAGGAGAUGCAUCAGCAUCAGAAACCUCAUGAGGUUUUAAGUGAAGAAACGUCUUCCACAGGCCAUGAAUGUGGAACGAGUUUAGUUCAGGAAGGUCAAAAACCAUACAAAUGCCCUCGGUGUGGAAGGAGUUUUUCACAAAGAGAACAGCUUGAAAUGCAUAUGAACGUUCACACUGGAGAGAAACCUUUUGCCUGCCAUGAAUGUGGAAAGAGUUUCACACGUCAAGGAAGCCUUAAUGUGCACAUGAGAGUCCAUACGGGAGAGAAACCUUUCCUGUGCCCUCAAUGUGGAAAGAGUUUCAGUAUUAAACUAUAUCUUAAGAAUCACCUGAAAAUUCAUACUGGAGAGAAGCCGUACACAUGCACUGAGUGUGGGAGGAUUUUCUCACAAAGAGGACACCUUGACACGCACAUGAGAUCUCACACCGGAGAGAAACCUUAUUCGUGCCAUGAGUGUGGAAAGAGUUUCACACGCCAAGGAAGACUUAAUAUUCACAUGAGAACUCACACUGGAGAGAAGCCGUUCACGUGCCCUCAGUGUGAGAAGAGUUUCAUUGGUAAACAUUACCUUAAGGAUCACCUGAAAGUUCAUACUGGAGAGAAACCGUACACAUGCACUCAGUGUGGGAAGAGUUUUGCACAUAAAGGCAUCCUUAAUGUGCACAUGAGAGUUCACACCGGAGAGAAACCUUAUACCUGCCACGAGUGUGGAAAGAGUUUCACACGGGCAGAGAGUGUCAAAGAACAUCAUCUACGAAUUCACUCUGGAGAAAAGUCAAACUGUGAUUAGUAAAACAUGAUUUUGGGGUUUAGAACUUGUCAGUAUCUGAUACAAGAAAGACUGGUUCAGAGUUGCUUUUAAAGUCACUUGCUCUCUCUAUAUAUAUGCUAUGGAUUAUACUAAAAAACAAUGUUUUUCUCUCUGUAAAGUGAGCUCAACAAAAACUCUUUGUGCACAGCACACAGACACAACUAUUAAUUAAUGAAUUCCAUUGUUGUCUAAUUAAAUAAUCAGUUUUUAUUUGAAAUUGCAGCUAUAAUAAAUUUUUUAUGUUUAAUCAUAUCAGUUCUGCAGGGCCGUGGACUGUAGACUAUUUAAUUGUAUGUAAUUUGUGUAUUUAAUUUGAUGCUUAUUUAAUGUUUAUCAAUAUAAAAUAACAAAAUUAAAGAAAUCUGGGAUUGUCA